GCAGAAGAACAGACAAAGGGUCAAGGUGGAGGACAAGGAGGCCGGAGCUGGUUUCUUUCUUUCUUUCUUUCCUUCCAUUUUCACAUGAAAUUUCCCUUUACAAAUACAACAACAAGAGAUUGAAUUUCUUUUGUUGUCUCCGAUCUGGUUUCAAUGGAGGCUCAACAACCUGAUUCUCGUAAGGAAAUGAAGCCACGAGAAGAUAUGGAAGUGAAGAAGGAGCAAGAGGUUAUGGGAUCUUGCAAGGAAGGUGCUGGCUUGUUGGAGAAAAAUGGGGUUCAUCAUCUUUGGGCACCCAGUUACUGGCCCAUGACAAUGGCGACUUCUAGACCAAAUGUCACCAUUCCUACUCCAGAUCAGCUCACCAUCUUCUAUGGUGGAAGUGUUGUUGUGUUUGAUUCAAUUCCUGCAGAAAAGGUUCAUGAAAUUAUGCUUAUUGCUGCAGCUGCUGUCAAACCUGGUGACAUGAAAAAGAGUGGUUCUCCUACUGGUACACCAGUUCUUACAAGGUCUCCUUCAAUGCAAAGCACUGCUGCACCCCAGGGCCAAACAUAUAGUCGUCAGAAUUCCAUCUGCAGAAUGCAAGCUGAGUUGCCUAUUGCGAGGAGACAAUCCCUGCAGCGUUUCUUCAAGAAGCGACGGGACAGGUUGGUGAGCAAAAGUCCAUAUCCCACUUCGCCAGCAGGAAAAGAGGCAGACACCACAGAACCUGGUAUUAGUGCCGCACCUCCACCAGAUGCAGGUUGCUUUGGAAAACCUCUAGCAUCAGAAGAACUUCAACCGAAGGUUGCUGCCAACGUUGUUUGACCAAUGCUAAGGGCUUCUCAUUUAUCAUGUAAAACUUCUAUCGUAUUAGGUUCUUAACAUUGUCGUAUUAUUCGUGCAAGAUGUCAAGUGCACCGGUGAUGAUGAUGUUUUAGUUGCUUUUGUAUGUAUUGGACAACAUGUACAAUUUCUCAUUGAAACUGAUGGUAUUUCGUUCACAA